CCUGGAAGCUCGUCCUCCAUUUCGAGUUCGGCGACCAAAGCAAUGCCUCCUUCUAUGCCGGCCUGCUCAUCGCGGCCUUUGCUCUGGCCGAGUCGCUCACUGGAAUGUACGUCCAUCAGCCUGCGUGUUCCCCGACUACAUAAACCCGUCCACUCACACUCGCUCAUCCAGGUUUUGGGGUGCUCUCUCCGAUAAGAUUGGACGGAAACCGGUCUUGAUUAUGGGUUGCUUCGGUACCGUUGCUUCAUUGCUCAUUGUGGGCUUCGCACCAAACUUCUGGGUCGCUCUGGCAGGUCGCUUUGUGGGUGGCGCCUUGAAUGGCAACAUAGGAGUCAUUCAGACCAUGGUUGGAGAGCUUGUGGUCAACCCACGUCACGAACCCAAGGCAUACGCCGUCAUGCCGUUUGUAUGGAGUGUGGGAACGAUCGUUGGACCGUCAAUCGGUGGCUACUUCGCUGAGCCUGCCACAAGUGCUCCGGAUACGUUCGGACGGAUCGCACUAUUUCGGCGAUUCCCAUAUCUACUUCCCAACAUGAUCUGCGCAUUCCUCAUGUUGAUCUCCAUAAUCGCUGGUUGGAUCUUCCUCGAGGAGACGCACCCAGACAUGCAACCUUGGAGCACUCCACGCGACCUCGAAGAAACAAAUGCGAAGACGCCUCUGAUGCCUGCCCAGGCUGGAUCGACCACCGAAGGAGCAGAUUUGACACAAGAAAGCUAUGGGACGUUCAAUAGCGUCAGCGAGGAAGCUGUCGAGGAGGAAGUCUUCGUGUAUGCCGAUGGGACAUCACGACCGUCUUCUGUCUCCUCCAACGUCUCGGCCAACAAGGUCUUCACCAAGCCGGUUAUCAUGCUCACGAUAGCGCUCGGUAUAUUCACAUAUCACAGCAUGACGUACGAUCAUUUGUUGCCCAUCUUCCUUCAAGAUGCUCGCAAGUUUACCAACAACGAGAUGAUCGACCUACUGAGCAUGGCAUCCCACGACCCAACACGCUGGUUCGCAGGCGGCUUAGGUCUGAGCGUCAAAGACUCAGGAAUAAUUUUGUCCAUCAACGGCCUGAUCGCUUUGUUCACACAGGCGGUCAUAUUUCCCAUGAUGGCUAGCUGGCUCGGCAUCUGGAGAGUAUUCAUCCUCGUGACGAUUGGUCAUCCAUUGGCAUACUUUGUGGUCCCAUGGCUCGUGUUCCUUCCGACCAACCUUUUGUAUCCGGGCAUCUUGGUCAGCAUGGCCAUCCGAAACUUCUCAGCAAUCCUCGCUUAUCCGGUACUGCUCAUCCUCAUCAAGGAAGCCUCACCCACUCCGCUUUCGCUCGGCAAGAUCAAUGGUCUCGCAGCAUCGACUGGUGCAGCAUGUCGAACAAUCGCCUCACCGAUCGCAGGCUUCCUGUACGGCCUCGGCUUGAGCAUUGACUUUACAGCCCUGGCUUGGUGGGCAUCCGCCCUUGUAGCAGUGUUUGGCAUCGUACAGGCACUUUUUAUCCCUCAUGAUCAUCAUGGGCCGCAGCACCGCAUACGACCUGCCACAUCGUUCUCAAAUUGCGAUGGUCGGCAACACAGGGCAUCUGUUGUUCGCAUACGCGUGCGAUCCAACGACAGUGGCUACACGAGCGAGGAGGAAUGUCGACCGUUCGCGAGUCGCGUUGUCUGAGAUUCCCUCGCCAUGAUACCGGCACAGUCUCACGCUGAGACUCAGUGUCUUAUGGGAUCAAGGUCUCUAUUCCUAGUGACCUUUGUUCGUGAAGAAAGGAAGAAGAAAUGAUGACACUAAUGAUGGGCAGCGCGGCGUUACGGCAUAGAAAUGUGGGAUAUGUUGGCGUUUUGUUUGAUGGAUGCGACUUUUUUACUGGCGCAAAGGGCGUUGUGAGUGAUAGCGGUUUUUAUGAAACAUGAGUAACCUGAAUUCCUGUUGUCCCAUACCCAUACCUCUUGAU